AUGAAAAUUCUGCCAUAUCAAUAUCAAAUUCAACGUUCAUCAACAUGUUCAUAUUAUGUUUUAUAUGAAAUGUUACAAUCCAAUGGAAUGACACUAAGAAAUGUUGAACAAUUUUCAUUAAUUAAUUCAACAUAUCGUCUAGAAUCACAAUUUGAUUAUAUUUUAUUUAAUACGAAUUUUGUUUUUAAAUCUCCAAUGAAUGAUUCAUCAACAAUUGUAGAAAAGAAUGGAAGUAGUAUGAGAAGUAAACUACUGCCAGUAGCUCCAAAACCAUUAUGGUCUCGUCAAACAAAUGCAAUAGCAGCAUCAUCUGUAAUUUCAUCAAUUACUUUUUUUGUUUCUCAGUCAACAAUUCUUUCUCAUUCUCAAUCAUAUUUAACUCUUGUUGAACGAGAACUUUCAUAA